AUGUCAAAAAACUUGCAAAUUCAUGACAUGCUUGCAAAGAUUGAUGUGUGGAGUGUUUUGAACAAUGGGGGAAAGGUGUCUGCCGAUGAUGGCUUUCACUUGGGCGUCCUCCUUGACCCAUUCCUUUAUGGAAGCCAAUUCUGUGGCGGUGGGCUGUCCUGGCAUAGUGACUUUGGGUGUUACACUGGUGUAUUCAGCUACAUCAUUGGGCUUGGAUAUACAUCUGUGCCAGACCUUAUGCUCCAACCUUACAAAGCUGCGAGAAGAUCACAUUGUUUAAGAGCGAGCAGCUUCAGUGUCAAAUUGCUUCUUGCUGAGGCAGCACUUGAGGAAGGUACCACAAAUGCAGACACUCACUAUUUCAGAGAUUUCAACAUGGAUAGUGACCGGGACAACAUUGAGAAAGAGGACAAGCAUGAGGAGGAAGGAGAUCAGGAGGAAUCAGAAGUAGGCAAGAGCAUGUGUUGGGGUAACCCGUGCAGGUGGCAGUACCUGAUCGAGAACUCCGCUGCAUCCAUGCACCCAAACAUAUUCAUGGCCACUGCAAAACAUGUCAUGAAGCUAACAGACAAGGCUAAGGCAGCAAUCGAAGACAGGCUCGAAGCUGUUGGCCCAUCCAAGAAGCGGAAGGCAGAUCCCAAGAGUGCGAGUGUCGCCUUGAACCACCUGAAGAAGACAAAACAAAACCCUCCCACUGGUACACCCAAAGAUUCACUGAGCUCCAAGGAUUUGACAUCUCCACCCAACAUGGGAACAGCCCCAGAACCUGGCAAGAGUUGUCAUGCUGUUGUUUGGACUGAGGAAGAGGAAGCAGCACUUGAUAUCGGAGACAUGGGGGACAAGGGUGAUGCUGCUGAUCCCAGUGAUAUUGAUAUUGAUUCUGGUGAAAAUGACGAAAAUAUCGAUGACGAUGAUGAUGGGUUGAUUGACGUUGCUGCGAUACUGAAUGUUGAUGAGCGAAAAGAGCUGCAGGGUAGCAUCCCAACUACUCAUUCUCACCUUUCUUGA